ACAACAUUCUAUAAAUAGAACAAAAACGCCACUGUACAAGGAAACAUUUUUCAUCAGCAUGGCCAAGUUAGAAAAGCGUGGGUUUUUCAGGAGUUGGUCGCUCCCCUCCAAUCAAGUAAAGAAAGGCAAACGCAGGGACUUUGAGGCAAGAGAUGGAGAGACGCCCGAAGCAAGCCCUGAAGAAGUUCAUGAAGUACUCAGUAAAAUAAAAACUUUGGCCACAAACGCUAAGAAGUCGUUUAAGAAGAAGAAAGUAUACCACUAUUACUGCGAGGAGCUGAUUGACAGGUGGAUUCCUGACUUAAAAAGGAUGUUAAGGAUUACCUCCCGAGAGGAAAGACGACUUCGAGAAAGGGCCGAGGCCCAGGAGGAAAAUUUACGAGGAGAGACCAGAAGAGAUUUACGAAAUUUUAGCAGGGAUUUUGAUCGGAAGAGAAAAGGGGAUGAGGAAAUUACAGCUUUGAAACAGAAACACGAAGAUGAAAUAUUCAGGCAGAGAAAGGAUUAUGAAGAAAACAUUUCCAAAAUUAAAAGAGAACAUGAAGAGGCCAUGAAAAGGCUCAAAGACGAAAAAGAAAAGCUUCUCACAAGAUUAAGCCAGGCAGCUGGAAACAAACUAAGAGAAAACAAUCCGGCCGUGUCCGACCUUAGUGACCCAAAUCGACCCCUGAAACUGUCGGAGAAAAUCAGUGAACUCUACGAUAACGAGUGGACAGACGCCAUGGAAAUCCUAGAGAAGGAUCGUGAAGAAAAGAAGGCAGUAGAGACGCUUUUACACAUAAUUGUUAAAUGUUAUGAACUGUGUGAAAAAUUUUCAAAGCAUCAACUGUCAAGUCUGGAAGACGCCUGCUCUGGAGAGAUAAAUAGCGUAAAAGAACAGGAUUCAAUUGCUACAGGCAAAGCCAAAGGAAUUAGGAAAGAUAUUGCUCCUUGGAUGAUCAGCAAUUCAAACCUCUACCAGGUUAUUUGUCAAGAACUAGAGCAACUUAUCGGAGAAGAUGAUGCUAGAAAAUGCAAACCAUUCAUCCAAAAGUGUGUGCAAUAUUGCUGGUACCUAAGUGUUCAGGAUCCUGGUAUGUAUUUGGCUGUCUGGACCAGUGGAACUAAAUUUGACAACAAUGAGAUGAAGUCCUUCACGAAAAUUGGACAAUAUGUAGACUUCACAGUUUGGCCUGCGUUAUACUUGCAUCGGGAUGGACCUUUGUUAUCAAAGGCGAUAGUGCAGGGAACAAACCACGCGACAGUGUGAUGGACACGCCAAAGUCAGAGGGGUUGUUAUUGUAGCAUAUUUUAGUAUCAUGAUGAUUCCGUCUUCUUUAUCAUAUAUCUAGUUAAACAUUUUAUAAGUAUCUCGUUGUGUAGUUGUGCAAUUAUACAGUGUGCAUUAUUGGGCUUUCCGUCCGGAAUUCUGGCUAGAAUAUAUCGGCAGAUAUUUCCAAUAUUUCUGCAAACAAGACAUUUUAUUUUCAGGUGAAUAAUGAAGGCAUUCCUUUCAGGAUUUAUCUAUUUAGUACAGUUUUCCUUCCCUCCUUUUCAUUCCAUUCUCAGCAGUUCUAUGGGGUCACACAGAUGAACUCACACACUACAAGAACCCCAACGACAAAAUAAUACAUUUGAUUAUCAAUGAAGAAGUUUGGUAUCUUCGCUAGCCAAAGAUUACAAUUCAUCUUCCUCAAAGGAACCCCUUGGUUAGCAAAGAUGGAAAUCUGAUCAACUAGGUGAAUUAACCAUGAUACACGUAUAUGUUUCAAUAGAAGAUGUUCACAAUUAUCUUGCCAUUACAUUUUAUUGUUGUUUGAGAAUUUUUCACUCAUUUUACACACGUUCCAAGGUCAUAACAGUGAGGAUAUUUCCUUCUUGUGUCAAAGCCUGCCGAGACACAUGACAUCGGUUGUUAAGACCCACACCACCCCCUUCAACGAUUUAAGAUUUGGAUGUUGGGCAAAAUAGUUUUAAUUUUUAUUUUUUUAUAUUUUUUUUUUAUUAUUAUUAUUAUUUGCUUUUUCAAGAAACUUUGAAGUCGACGUCUCUGACGGUGCACAUACACACAAACUAUAUAUAUAUAUAUAUGAUUGAACUUUGUCAAAAAUGGACCCCCCCCCCCCCCCCUUCUACGGGCCUGAUCCUCUGUUGUAGUACAUUUUGAGCUUAUAAAGUGUACAUUGUAACUUAUGACAUUAAAUAAAGAAUUAAAAGUU